GUUCCCACUCCCAAACCCAAAGUCGCAGGCGCCCCCCCGCCACCGCUUGCAGCUCGCGAGCCAGGGAGCCUGAGCUCGACACGCAGCGCUGCGCUGGUGCCGCGUCAGGGAGGCCAAGGACGGACGCCAUGGACGCCGUCUCCUGCGUGGGCGUGGCGCCGCAGGGCGCGCUGCUGUCCCGCUCCUUCGCCGACGCCGCCAUCGCCCGCGCGCUCCACUUCUCCCUCUCCGACGCGCCCGAGCCGUCCGCGGCCGCCGCCACGACGGCGGCGGCGCUGAUGCACGGCUUCGGGGGCCAUCCGCCGAAGGGCGGCGCGGCGCCGUCGCCGUCGUCGCCCGCGCGGUGCCGGCUGGGGCCGGCGGGCGGGCACGCGGGGAAGCGGCGGCGCCCUCGGCCGUCGAAGCGCGCGCCCACCACGUACAUCAGCACCGACGCCGCCACGUUCCGCGUCCUGGUGCAGCGCGUCACGGGCGCCGACGAGUCCGACCUUCUGCCGCAGCAGCAGCAGCAGCAGGACGGCACCGGCCUCGGCCUGGGCCUCCUCCUGCCGCAGCUCGGCAUGGAGCAGUUCCUUCAGGCGGGCCCCGCGGCGCACGCCGCCGCCGCCGCGUACACGACGGCGCCCCCGCCCGCCCCGGUGGAGCAGCAGCCGCUGUUCCCGACGCUGGACUCGUGGAACGUCAUGUACGGGAAGAAGAACGAGGUGGUCUGAGCUCUGGCUGGCCAUUCAAAACGCCGUGUGAUCACCGUAGCCCGUUCGAGCCGAGCUUGCAGCUGCAGCGUGGAUAAUCAGUCGACGAUCCCUUCUUCCUGAUGGUCAUAGAGAAGCAGCACAUCACAUAUUUACAAUCGUGGUGACCGUGAGUGGUCUUCCAGGCCACUAGGGGUGUAGUUAGUGUUAAUCAGAGAACCAGGCGAUCAAGCUCUCUCUAUCGAUUGCAGUAGCUUUGCAGUUGCAGUUGCAUGUUCAUGCCUCCCCGUCAGUGUGAGCUUCCUGCUUCAUGUAUAAAAAUGAUGGCGUUCAUAAAAAAAUUUCAAUCCCUGGCACUGCUAAUUCUUUCUCGUGGAAAA